AUGUCCGAGCUUCCCACCACGUUCGACAAGCCCGUCACUAUCGCCGUUAUUGGUGGUACCGGUCUGGGUCAGCUUGAGGGUUACGAACCUGUUGCUCUCCUGAACCCUACUACUCCUUGGGGCGAGGCUGCAUCCCCAAUCCACAUUCUCUCUCACAACGGCACCAACAUUGCCUUCUUGGCGAGACAUGGUGUUCACCAUCAGUUUGCCCCUCAUGAGGUUCCUAACCGUGCCAACAUUGCCGCUUUGAGAAGCAUUGGUGUCCGAUGCAUUGUUGCUUUCUCUGCUGUUGGCUCUCUCCAGGAGGAAAUCAAGCCCAUGGACUUUGUUCUUCCUGACCAGGUCAUCGAUCGCACCAAGGGUAUCCGCCCCUUCACCUUCUUCGAGGGCGGCGUUGUCGGACAUGUCGGUUUCUCGGAUCCCUUUGACUCCAAGCUUGCCGAUGUCGUCAAGACCUGCGCUGCUAGCAUGGAGGGUGAUGGUGUUGUCCUCCAUGACAAGGGCACUCUUAUCUGCAUGGAGGGUCCUCAAUUCUCGACUCGCGCCGAAUCCCACAUGUACCGCUCUUGGGGCGGAUCUGUCAUCAACAUGUCUGCUCUCCCCGAGGCUAAGCUUGCUCGCGAGGCUGAGAUGUCUUAUCAAGUCAUCUGCAUGGCUACCGAUUACGACUGCUGGCACUCAUUCGAGCCCGUGAACGUCGAGAUGGUUAUCAAGUACAUGCAGUCCAACAGCAAGAACGCCAAGAGACUCGUGGGUGCCGUCAUUGAGAGACUCUCUCAGCCUGAGCACGCCGACUUGAUUGCUGCUAAGCACUGGGAGGGCGGCAGCCAAGGUGCUGUCAAGUUCAUGACCAAGCCUGCAGGCAGAAACCCCGAGGCUAUGAAGAAGGUGGAAUACCUUUUCCCUGGUUUCUGGGAGGCUUAA